GUUUUGUACACGACAUCGAUACGGUAGAUUAAAUUGGUCCAGUUCUCCGUGCGAACUUUUUUAAAGAGAGUUUCCUUUGAUUCUCAUUUCGAUCACCACUGAUAAUGAUUCUAUGUAUUCACAGGUGUAUGUGUCGCCGGUGGUGCCCUGGAUGCUGUAAGAAAACCACCGGCUCCUCGGUCUCCGACAGCAGCGAGAAGCAGGACAGCAAUCAUCAGCAGCUCAAGUCACCAACGGAAGACUCUAGCGGUGACACAGUGGGAAACGGCGACGGUCCCCCGGCUAAUGGUUCCAUCUUCACAAUGACGCUGAAGAACAACCAUCUUAUUGUGGAGACGGAAGAGAGGAAUGACAUCACUAAAAAUGGCCGCGAAACUAAAAUGAAGUACUCUCCAGACAACGAUGGAAUUUUCGUAGUAGAAGUGCAACAGUCAACCGCUUACAGACCUAACAACAAAAACCUUCAGAACUCUCCACCGCAUGAUCCACAGAUUUCCACCAAUCAAGCUCUAAUCCAUCACGUCCCAGAAGAACUGGAGAAAAAACUUGAUGAAGACUGUGACAAAAGCGAAAAGUUCACCGCUGAAAGGGCUAUCGCUUUAUCCAGUACAGGCCUCUCAAUUUCUGAUCUAAGUAUGUCUUCAAAUGGUUCGCAUAACAUUAGUUACUCUUACGGAGGUCAAUUCGGUUAUGAACAAGGUCCUUUCGGCUACCCAGUGUAUGCUGGCUAUGAUAUAUCCAAAGAAGAAAGUAGUAGUAAUGGAAUUAUUCAUGACAAUUCUCAAGAACCGCUAAUUAGUAAAACCCCUACAGAUCCUGACAAACCUGUGGUUACUGCAGCAAUUUUCAAGCAAGAUUCGAUAAUCGGCAAUGAUGCUUUACAAGGUCCUGCGUAUUGUAUUGAAGGUUCAAGCGAUGGACCGUUGUUAUCUGAUGUCCAAGCCAGGGAAUUCAGUUUACAGCAUCUCCUAGAGAAGAAGCUUGAGAAUGGCGUUGCUGUACCGAUUCCCGAAAAGAUUGAAAGUCCUAAGAAAGCGUUAAAUAGGACUGACAGUUUACCAGUUCGUUUAGAGACAGAAAAAGUAGAAGUAGUUGCAGAUGAAAACAAUGUGAAGAACACCAUAAAAGAGAAUGAUAUGAUAGAUGAACUAAAUUCUAAAGAAAUAUUCAAAGGUAAGAGAGCAUCUUUGCCUAUUAUAAGUACAGACGUAUAUGAGUCUGUUAAGGAAGCUAUGAGGCCAUCUGGAUCUCCAAAAUUUGAGAAGCUGACGAAUGACUCCUCGCCAGGAGAAGCCUUUGAUGCUCCUCCGUUGAUCACGAUCACAGAGGAGAAUGAGAGCAAGUCUGAUAAUGCGAGUUAAUGAGAACUAAUGGUUACAUUUUAGCCAACAGACUGCACUAUUACAGAUAAGACAGAGGGCUGUUUGAUAUCGAAAAUGACUCAUUAUCACAAUUAUCUUCCAAAUUAAGUCAAAACAGUGAGAUUUAUUAAGAGGGUUAUUAUUAAAAGAUUUCACGGUUUGGUUAAAUUUUUUUGUUCAAACAGUGGCUCUAUUGACUUUCAAAAUACUAAUUCUCAAAGAGGGUUUCAAUAUUAUCCAAUGUAAAUAGAUAUAAGUGAAAAUGUGAUUAGUUUGGAGAGCAUUAAAUUUGUUAAUGCGAUAUUAACGUACGGUGUCGACGUGGUAGCAUUAUUUCAAAGAUUGCUUUUGCAACAAUGAUUUUUUUAUUUUGGGUUUUGAAAAUUAUUUGUAAAACUGUGGGUUAUCAAACCCACAGUUAAUCACAACUCUUAAACAAUUACAAAAAGAAGCUAUGAGUACCUUAGUGAAAAUGUAAAAUACUUUCAAGUAUAGA